AUGACAAUGUUUCAAUUCAAACAUAUUAACAGACACAGAGGGAGUGUAAAUAUGUCACUUUUUCUUCUCUUAAGAAUAAUGUUAGUGACAUUUCCAGUAGUUACUGGCAAAUAUCAUACCAGUGGAAGUAGUAGUCAAGAAAAACAAGCGCAGAGAUUCGCAAUGGAACCUCAAGAUCAAACGGCAAUAAUUGGUUCACGAGUAACUUUACCAUGUCGUGUCAUAGAUAAGACGGGUCUGAUUCAAUGGACUAAAGAUGAUUUUGGUCUUGGCGUUCACAGAAACCUAAGUGGUUUCGAAAGAUAUUCCAUGGUUGGAAGUGAUGAAGAAGGAGAUUUCUCUCUUGAUAUCUCACCUAUCAUGCUUGAUGAUGACGCAAGAUAUCAGUGCCAAGUUAGCCCAGGUGCCGAUGGCGCACCUGCAAUUCGUUCACGCUACGCUAAAGUUACGGUUCUAGUUCCACCAGAUGAUCCUAAAAUUGUUAAAGGUAAUACAAGCAUUGAUCACAUGGUUGCGACUGAGGAUAGGGAAAUCGAACUCGAAUGUUUGUCAUGGGGUGGAAAGCCAGCAGCUGAGAUCACGUGGAUUGACGGAAUGGGAAAUGUCUUGACGUCGGGUGUCGAGUAUAUAAAGAAACCAAUGGCUGACAAAAAGCGAUUCGAAGCGAAAUCAAUCUUGAAACUCAUUCCGAAAAUGACACAUCACAAUACGACAAUUUCAUGUCAAGCACAAAAUACCGCAGAUCGAACGGAGAAAAUUGUGCGACUUAAACUUGAGGUGAAAUUUGCGCCGAAGGUCACCGUUUCAGUGAUUAGUGGUGCUUUGGCAAAUGAAAAAAUUCCCGAAGGCGCCGAAAUUCGUCUGGCAUGUCAUGCUGUAGCAAAUCCAAAUGAAUUAACAUAUCGAUGGUUCAUCAAUGGUGAACCUGCUAUUGGUGAUUACACCACAGAGAUUAUCAUUCAUAACAUAUCAAGAAAAUAUCAUGAUGCGAUUGUGAAGUGCGAAGUUCAAAACGCAGUUGGCAAAAGUGAAGAAAGUGAAACACUCGAUAUUAGCUACGGCCCCACUUUUCAGUCUCAAUUGAAGUCAGUCGAGACAGACGAAGGCAACACAAUAACUUUAAGCUGUGAUGUCGAUGGCAAUCCGACACCUGAAAUUGAGUGGAUAUUCAAUCCAUCGGGAAAGGUGGUCGGAACAACUCCAAACUUAACGAUUUCCGUGUCUAACGAUCAUGUUGGAAGCUAUACAUGUAGAGCAAGUGUCAUGGGAAUCAGUAUAGAAGAUGAAGCAAACAUCUAUCUUAAAGGUCCACCAUCAAUCACCUCAACGAAAAAGCAAUUUGGUAUUCCCGGUGAGACGGUUCAAAUUGAAUGCGUUGCUUUUUCGAUUCCAAAACCCCGUCACAUUUUGUGGGCCUUCAAUGGACGAGAAAUCAAUAACAAUCAGGAUGAUGGUGAUUAUACGGUGCUGGAAGAAGUCACAACAUUUGGCAUGAAGUCAACUCUGGUUCUUCGCGAAAGUGCAUCAAAGCAUUUCGGCAUCUAUAAUUGUUCGGUUCAAAACGAUUAUGGCCACGAUAAUGUUGAAAUUGUAUUGACUGGACGACACGACUCCCAGCGCACUUAUGCUUUCAUUCUACUAGCAGUUGUUCUGUUUAUGUUUAUGGUGGUAAUGAUUUCAGUGAUUUGCUUCAAAAGUGGCAAAAAGAAAUUACCCCCAGCUGAUGUUAUACCUGAGCAUCACAUUAAUGAAAAAGCUUUCAAAGAUGGCGACAGAUAUUCAAAUUCAAGUCAAUUGAAGGAUCCAGAUUAUUCAGAAUAUUCUGGGACGGAAAGCACAGCCACAAGGAUGGCUAUAAAUAUUUUGGGCAAUGGUCAUGGUGGUGUUCCAUUGGCCGGUCCUGUAAAAAUUCCAAAUGAUCAACGUUAUUCCGGUGAUUAUACUGAUAUGCAUGUGGCACAGAAAAUCGGUUUAACGAACAAUGGCUACAUUCCGUACAACGACUACACGCGUAAUUAUAGUUCACCGAAUAACACGCGCACAAGUAAUACCAAUCUGAAAAAUCAUUUAAUAACAUCUUCCGGACAAAGUCCAAUGACGAUGAACGGUAGUAUUGAUCACUACAGUUUUGGUCGUAGCCGAGAGUUGCGUCAAGACAAUGGUUUACCAUCGAUACCAUUAAAUACAAUGCCAAAUGGGAUAUUGAGUAAGUACUACACAAUUGGGAGACGCUGUUGUCGUGAUUCCAUAAAGGAACAAUAUUUAACUCAAACCACUUCCAUUUUAGAUCAAUCCCUUCUUAAUAAUGUAGAUAUUCGCUAUAGCGCUACCUAUGGUAAUCCAUUUUUAAAGAGCUCGAGUGUUACGCCACUUCCAUUGCCACCAAAUUCACAAAAACCGUUCACAGCUAAUCCAUCUGUGACGCCUGCUCCACCUCCAUAUAAUCGAAGUAACAACAGUAACUCAAGCUUUUCGUCGUCAACAACGAUCUCAAAUAAUGGAAGCUUAUUAGGAGCAAAUCACUUAGGAUUAAGUUUACCAAUUCCAAAUAGCAACAAUUCAUCGACGACUGUCACAACGACAACCGCCACAAAUAAUAACAAUAAUAAUCUUACAAAGAUCACGAGCCCAUCACGUCAAUUUAUUCUUCCAGCGAACGGUGAUUUGAAAAAAGGCUCACUUGCUACUCAUGUUUAA